AUGUCCGAUUCGGAGAAAGUUAAUGAGCCCUUUGAUGUGGCAGAAUCGAAUGAGUCUUACAGUGAGGCUCAAGGGGAGAAGGAAAUGGAAGCAGAUCUUCCUAUAUUAAUCGAGGACUCAGAUGAGGAAGGAGAGGCUAUGGAGUUGGGGGAGAUUAAAGAUGACGUCAAACUCUCGCAAGAGGUCCCCCUGGAUCACAGUUCUCCUGGUGGUUCUUUAACGGUUACUUUGCCAAGGUCUGCUGUGGACCUGGCCAAAAAAAUUUCUUCGCUUUCUGAGGCCAGUCUUCAACGCAUUGGGGAUUUUCUUCCAUUUCUGGAAAACGAGAAAAAUGCUCAAAUUGGGAGGGAUGGUCUUAAGGCUGAACUCGACCGUCUUCAAAAGGAGUCUCAACAGUACGCUGAGCACAUUUCUUCUCAAAAACGUAUUUUGCAAAAAUACGUUUUAGAGGAGAAAGAGAUUUCUGAGAAGCGGGAGAAUUUAGAAGAAUGUGGGGAGAUCAUGGCAGAAUUACAUGAACAGGAGGAGAGUCAAAUGCUUCAAGUAGAGGCUUCCAUGAGGCGCCAGAUGGAACAUCAUUCAGGCGUUUUUCAAAGCGCUCUUAGUGGAAUCCCCCAGGUUUAUCUGGCUGAGGGGAUAGAACUUACAACUGGGGAUCUUCAGGUGUGGACGGUUGGUGAGACUAAGGUCUUUUUGGGGAGCGUGGAGGCCAUGCAAGAGUACUGGAUGGAAGAUGCCAAGUUCGCGGCGACUCAGCGACGUAACAAACAAUCAAUCAUUAAUUUACUAAAGCAGUUGAAGACCCCUGAAAAUCUGGCCACUGCUAAACGUCCUCGCACAAAUGAGGAGAGCUCUGUUGUUGAGGACUCCCAGGCUUUAGAUGCCUUAUCAAAAAGAGUGAAGACAAAGGGUUCUGUGCCUCUUCAAGUAACAUCAGCUUCAGUUAAGAGAGAAGUAAAGCAAGGGGCUUUUGGCUUUGACAUGGAGGAGAAGCUUCUGGAUUUGCUGAAUCCUUGGUAUUGCUAUCAUCCCUUCAGAGGGAGCCUGUUUGAGCCAGAGGAUCUGAUUGGGUAUAAGCGCAACGUUUUCAAGCAUUUUGGUUUGGACAUACAGAAGUUGGACAAAGAUUCAAAGCAUUUUCUUCCGGUUCCGGGUUGCGUGGUGCAAGACUACACAUAUGGUUCACCCCAAAAUCGUCAUCAAGGGGCAAAAUUGAAAAAUUCCGGAAAAGGGCCUUGUGUUUUACUUCUUGGCACUUCCUUAACUGUUCCUUGGAGACUGUCUGAAGGGCGCAAUACGUUUUGCGACAACAUUCGGCCUGAGAAGGCCACAACCAGAGCGGUCUUUGACUUCAAACAUCUUCUUGCUGGGAGGGGCAUAGAAUUGUAUCAGCUUCAUGCUGCGGCUAUUUGCUUUGGGUUGGAGUGGACCCAGUGCCUGAACAAGACUUGGGGGGCAUUUGCUUGUGCUGGCAGCUGCCCAUAUUGGCUGGACAGUGGGAAAACUGCUCCAGGGAUUCCCCCAGGACUUCCUCAUCAUCAUUCUACGGAUCAUGGUCCUAAGGAAUGUUUUGGAAAUGGACCUUUCCACAUCAACCCGGCAGUUAUUGGAUCAGGAGGUGAUCCUUUCAGGCAGAUGGACAAGUUCUUAAGUCAGAAGAUGUUUCUGGAGGUCUUCUCUGCAGACUUCUUGUGCUCGGACCCCAAGAGAGCUGUGUCUGGACGUUUCAUCGUGGGAUCAUCAGUUUGAAUUGGAAACUCCUC